AUGGCGGACCAGCUAGCCUUGACUUCUCCUGGAUCUUCGGACGCUCCAAUGGAAGGACAUGCCCAACCUGCUACGAUGGCGGCACUUAAUUUUGGCCAUCAUCAGGAUCUUACUGCCUUGGGACAUAUGGAUAGGAAUUUAUUAUUUCCCACUGGUCGGCAUCAAGCCGACUCUUAUGGACCCGGGCGAAUUGGGAAUCGCCUAGCCUUAUGGUACCAUAGGAAUGAUGGCCCUUGGACACCUCCUGGUUUGACAUCUCCUCAGGGUGAUAUAAGAAAUUCAUCUGUCUUGGGCAACUUGCGAAACAGUCAACUUAUGUUCUAUGGCCAAUACCGGGAGAGUCCAUCUGAAUGCGAUACAGUCCCGCCAGGAGGAAUACCUUCUGAUUCUGGAUAUGGUGGGAGCUAUGUGGCUAAGCAUAGUGUUGCCAAUGGCUCUGUCUGUGACGAGUCUAUUGAUCGGAACCCAGAAGGUGAACUGAGCUUUUCAUCUUAUAGCCAGGAUGUGAUGUCUAAAGUCAAUCCAGAGAUUCCUUGGUCCCAGUCUCAGCUACCGUCGACCUCUCCUCAACCGGCCAUUGCCCGCCAGAUCAACCCCGAGGUGGGUAAGAUCUGCGAAACGUGCAACAAAGUAUUAAAGACGAAGUCUGAAUUCAAGAAACACAAACAAAGGCAUGAUAAGCCAUUCAAAUGUACUGUGAAGGGCUGUACUCGUAGUGAAGGCUUCAGUACGCCCAACGAUCUUGAUAGACACAAAAGAAGCCUACACCCGGAUGAGCACGCUGAUGGUGACCGUUAUCGAUGCCAAGUUGGCCCUUGCUUUAAUAAGAAUAAGAUUUGGCCUCGGGCUGACAAUUUUCGAGCACACAUGAAACGUGUCCACCAAAAGGAGUUGAUAAAAGACGAAGACUUAGAUCAGUAUAAGUACAGGUAUAGAAACACCGACUCCAAAACAUUAGGGAGGGUCUCUAAUUGUUUUGUUAGGCCAGAAGCCCCACCUAAGGACGACUCAGACGUAGCUCGUAAUAGCACUGUUUCCGAGUUCGAUAGGUUAAACAUAUUUCCCGAUGGGGGUGGUAAUGAUGCCUCUGAUAACUGGAAAUUACCCCGGAGCCCAGUUAUCGACUUAUCUACCGACACGAACCCAGUGGAAGGACCAAGCCAAAUUCAAAUAGAAGAACCCACCCUAGUGAUUGAACCUAGUGAGAGCCGCUUGGAUAUAUCUAAUAGCACUACUGCACAAGAAGUGCACUUGGAGAGUGAGGAUGCUCCAUUUAACCAUCAAACGGAAGCACCCAAGCCGCCUUCUCCCCAGCCUAGUCCUUCUCUCGGCGAUUCCGAGUCCACAAACACAGAGCAGUUGAAAGAAGACGAGCCCGACUUUCAUUCCGAGAUUCCAGGUCCUGACUUGGCCAAUGACGCGGGUUCUGCAAGCUACAGUCAGACAGAUAGGCUCGACGAGUCUCGGGAUCGUCCUAGCGGGCUAUCCCCUAGAAGCAUUGAGUCUAACAUACAACCAGAAAGACUAAUAAAUGAUAGCGAGAAAUUUCGUGUGUCUCCCGAACCUAAGGAUCAUGAACUGCUAACCCCAGAUCUCAACAACCCUGAAUUUGUAUCGAAGCUUCUUGAGCAGCUCCAAAAUAAGGGCAUGCUUAAAAAGCUUGGAUACAAGAAGGAAGAUCCUCAAGAAGCAGAGAUGACCAAGCUGGAGUCGACCAAUGAUAUCAUCUCCCAGCAGGCUCAUGCUUGCUCUCAAUGCUCGAAACUAUUUGGUCGGCGAUGUGAACUGAAAAAGCACGAAAAGCGGCAUUUGAAGCCGUAUGGCUGUACGUUCCCGGGCUGCAAUAAGAAGUUUGGCAGCAAGAACGACUGGAAGCGUCAUGAGAGCAGUCAGCACCUUAUGUUGGAGCACUGGAUAUGUGAUGAAAAGCAGGCAGACAAGUCUUUUGAGUCCUGUGGAAGGAACUUCCCACGACGAGAGUUGUUCAAACAACAUCUUAGUGUGCAGCAUCGCAUCAUGGAGCCGGAGCGCUUGGACCGCAAGCUUGAGACAUGCCGCGUAGGACGAAAUCUCGAGACCCGUUUUUGGUGUGGUUUCUGUCAAGAAAUAAUUAAAAUCACGAAAGAGGGUAUAGGAGCUUGGGCCGAACGGUUUAACCACAUCGACGAUCAUUUUCAGGGUCGCAACAACCAGACGAAAAGAGAUAUUGGCGACUGGAAAGCCAACGAUUCAGAAGAUACCAGCAUCACAUCUUCGGGACCAGUUUCUUCAUCCAACAGUCCCAGUAUACCUAAUAGCGACGGAGUUGAGAAACCACGCGCUCGAGUUGCAAAUCAAAAGAGAAAAAGAGGCCUUGAGUUGGAACUGGUGGCUUCCAAGCGUGCCGAGAUAUUGGAGGAAAUAACCAUAGUCAUUUGUGUAUGUGAUGUCCCCUCUUCCCUAUAA